AUGGGCAGCAGGACCAUGUCAGGGCUCCUGUUGGGGGUGGCUGUGGUCGUCCUGCUGCUGCAGAGUGCACAGUCAGUCCACAUUCAGUACCAAGGCUUCCAGGUCCAGCUGGACUCAGUGAAGAAGCUGAAUGACCUGGAGGGACAGCAGGUUCCCAGCCCCCGCCUGCAGGCCCAGAGCCUCCAGCCCUCUGUGUGCAGUGACCCAGCCCUGCCCGCCGACCUCCAGCCUGUCUGCACCUCCCAGAAUGCUGCCAGCAUCUUCAAGGCCUUGAAGACCAUCGCUAACGACAACUGUGAGCUGUGUGUGAACAUCGCCUGUACCGGCUGCCUCUGA